CAUCGAAAGAGCAACCCCAUGACGGUGGGUAAUGUCAGCCAAGACGGCGGGAAUGGGGGACAAGGAAGAGGCGAAUGUCGAACAGGAAAAAGUGAAGAGGCAAAUAUAUCGAGACAGAAAAAAGAUAAAACCUGACAGCAUCCCCAUGACAUGAAGGUCAAAGGAAGAGGAGAGAAAAAACAAGUUCCCUCCUAGUGCUAAGAGAUCAUCAGAGUUGCCCCGAGACAUACAACUAUCAUUGGCCUAACACCUUGAAGAAUUCGAAUCAGCACCAAGCACUUGAAACCUCGCCAUUUCUAUAAGCCAGCAAACAUGAGGUGGCUUUCCAGUUUCGUGGUGGCACUCGUCGCGACGGCGGCUUCGGCAGCCCCUGUUGCGCAAUCCGACGACAGCCUCGCGAUCUACAAACUCAAGAUCGCCGCGCACCCAAACACCUUCCUGGACGGAAAGUACCUCUCGGUGCGCGGCGACAAGGUCGGGGUCUGGAACGACAACGACCCUCUCAGCGUCUACACGAGCCCCAGCCCCAGCCAGGGCGGGCUGGUGCAGCUGCACAAGUGGCCGGCUGGCGUCGUCGACUCGGUGCUGGGCCUCGUCGGCACGGGCGGGCUCACGACGCUGACCGAGAUCAGCAGCCCAGACUCGAUCACGUACCCGGUCGGCACCGUGGCCGACUGGAAGUCGUGGGCCCUGAUCCAGGGGCCCGCCGCCGGCGCUGCGAACAAGCGCGCCGCCGAGCCCAAGAACCUGCUCGACUACGCCGGGUCGAGGACCGGCCGCUGGGCCGCAUUCCCCAGGGCCAACAAGGAGUGGGUUGUGACCUGGCUCGAAGGAACCACGUAUGUCCCGGAGAACUACAUGGCCGUGGAUGUAGUUUAUGAGCCGGUGAAUGCUUGAGUUGAAGAAGCACACGCGAGGGCCAAGUUGACCGAUCCCGCCCGUUUUCUCAAUUCUAUAGUGUGUCUAUUGGUCGGAUGUGGUAUCUUUUGGAGCUGGGUUCAUCCUGAAAAGUUGGUCGAGGGCUGGGUCGAAAGCAGAUUUUGGCUGGUCCUAUGUCAUACUCUGCCGCGGAAAAUGGGGUAGCAGCGUGGAGAUGUUCUUGUUUUUUUCGUUCUCGUUCUCGUGUUGUAUCUCAUAUCUCCAUCUUUUGGAUAGAGUAUGAUUUUAAAAUGGUGUGUUGCAUGUUCUGUCCAAAAGAAUAACCACGCCACUGUAAGGCCAAAAUGUGGUGAGAAUCCACAACCAUGGCAUGUUCGCACACCCAGGCUGCUAAUUGCGUGUUAUUGAAGACAUACAAGUCCAC